UUCUAGGUAUAACCGAUUUUUUGAAAAAAAAAAAAAAAAUACGCACAAGAACUGUUGUAGAAGUUUCUAUCGAACAUUCGAAUAAACAUGUGGACAGAUCACACGGCGCAAAACAAAUAAGGGCCGAUCUGAACACUUCUAUAGUUUCAAACAGUCAACUGCACUGUCUCUUUGAUCACGUUCCGUAAGACAGAGCGUCUCUAUAGUAAAGUGAAAGCGAUUGAACUAGAAUAUUGUGCGUCCUACAGGAUCUUAGCCUCUUAGAAAACGCCAUGGCUCAGACGCGCCAUGACUGGUACCAGACAGAAUCCCACGUGGUUGUCGAAAUUCUUCUAAAAAAUCAAAAGGCUGACGAUGUUAAUGUGAACUUUACUUCAGACACAUUAUCUGUUACUGUAAAACUUUUAUCAGGAGAUUAUAAUCUCGACUUGAUGUUGGCUCACGAUAUUCAUCCUGAGAAAUCCUCGUAUAAAGUGUUAUCGUCAAAAAUCGAAAUUCGAUUGGCCAAGACACAGGCUGUGCGAUGGUCUUCGCUCGUCCGCAAAGAUGGCGCCACCGCUGGCGUUGAACCAAAGAUGGUUGGUCCUAAUCAAAUCUCAGAUAUGCCGCGUUAUCCAUCGUCGUGCACCAAAGCGCAUGACUGGGACAAGCUUGAAAAGGAGAUUGAAAGAAUGGAGAAAGAAGAGAAACCAGAGGGAGAACAGGCGGUCAAUGAGCUCUUUAAAAAGAUUUAUCAGGACGGAGAUGAUGAGGUUCGCAAGGCGAUGAACAAAUCAUUUGUCGAAAGUGGAGGCACCGUCUUAUCUACCAAUUGGGGAGACAUAAGUCAGAGAAAGGUCGAGGUUAAGCCUCCCGAUGGAACCGAAUUCAAAAAAUUUACUUAAAAAUUAAGGAAUACAAGAGCGAUGGCAAAGAUCGAUUUAGGGGACGUUUUUUCGCUGUACAUACUACUAUUAUCAAGAUGAACGUUCAAAAAAUAGUGUGUAACCAGCUGCAACGCUAUGGAUCCACUCAGUAAUUAGGUAUUUUUGAAGAUUGGUCUGGCUAGGACGAAUGCCAAAGAUUCAAGAUUGUUAACACCUAUUUGCAAUGCAAUUCGCUUGAAUAUGAUUAUGCGGUAAGGGUUGGACACAAAAAAGAUAUUUGCACGUUAACAUUUUAUGGACACUUCUUCAAUUCCCCGUUUUUUCGUCCCGUUGGCUAAGCCAUUAGAUACAGACGCUAACAACUCUCGUUCUAAGUAUUUUUUUUUAUGUUGGUAUAUUUGGGUUUAAAUAUGGUAAUUAAUUCCUUGCCAUUGUUUUUUUCGAAAAACUAGACAUUUAUCUCUGAUGUCUGACUGUUAAGCAACGUUGUUCCAAGAAAUAAAAACAAAAUUGUAUCCGUGACUAAAAUAAAAAUAUGGCAGUUAUGUAUUCACAACUG